GCAUACGCACCAAAGCCAUUUUUUGUGUUGACUCCGCUCUCCGCCACGUUGGUUCCCUCUACGUGAGUGUCGCAUUCCUCUGCGCACCACCAGCGUUGUGUUUGUGAUGAGGCGGGAAAUGGCGUCCGCAGACAUGUUUGGUCUGUGACUAGCUAGUUGAGCGACGGACACCGCUGGCAGCAACAACCACGGCCCGACCUCUACCGGAGGCCGCCACGGUCGCGGCCACACAGCUGCCAAAACGCUGCGGCAAGUUUGAAGAGCUUCCCAGAUCAUUAGUAGAUCUUUCUAUGUGACGUUGGAGCAGGAUGAGGCUGAGAGUGCGUAAAGCUCCUCAGCAGCUGAACUUAGGCCGUCGAACCCACCCAACCCAGGCCAAACGGAAACACCGUGAAGUGGAGCCAUCUCCACCCAGAGGUCGAGGCAAAAUGCAGAAGAAUGAAACAGGCCUGUUCUCCACUAUAAAGAAAUUCAUCCAUGGAAAUGCUGUCAAGGUGGAGCAGGAUAUCCCUGCUAAGAGGAGUCGUAUUGAUUGUAAUUCUGAGAGUGAUCUAAUAACAUCAACGCCCCAGACUAGAGGCCUUUCCAACAAAGCAGUCCCCAGGGUUUGCCGGAAAACUCCAAAUAAAGAAACAAUAACCUGCAACAGUAAACCUAUGAAACCCAACGGUAAACUAGAGGCCCCCGAUGAGGCAGCCAGCAGCCCGCCACGCACCACCCUGCUCGGAACCAUCUUUUCUCCAGUCUUCAACUUCUUCUCACCAGCAACUAAAACUGCCACUCCUGGAUCAGACUCUCCUGGCCAAGCGAUGGAGGCAGAGGAAAUCAUGAAGCAGCUGGACAUCGAGCCGGCAGAAGAGAUGCAAAGCAGCACCCUGACAUCCACAGAGGGCAUCACUCCGUGUCACACUGCCCCUGUAUUACCCCAGAGGCUUCAGAUUGCCCCUGAUACAUCCAUAGAAGAAGGAGAAAUAGUCACUGAAACUGACAUGCCCCCAUUAACCGCUCCUGGUUGUAUGCCAGACGGUGGAUACCCACAUGCGUUACCUGCAGCUCCUCCAGAAACCUCGUAUGAAGAAGAAUGGGAAGUUUUUGAUCCGUACUUCUUCAUCAAACACGUGCCUCCGCUGACUGAGGAGCAGUUAACACGCAAACCGGCAUUACCUUUGAAAACGCGCAGCACGCCAGAGUUUUCUCUCGUCUUGGAUCUAGAUGAAACUCUGGUCCACUGUAGUUUGAAUGAGCUAGAAGACGCAGCCCUGACAUUCCCUGUGCUCUUUCAAGAUGUAAUAUACCAGGUGUACGUACGGUUGAGGCCCUUUUUCCGCGAGUUUCUUGAGCGCAUGUCUCAAAUGUAUGAGAUUAUUCUCUUCACGGCUUCAAAGAAAGUGUAUGCUGACAAGUUGCUCAACAUCCUGGAUCCAAAAAAGCAGUUGGUCAGACAUAGGCUAUUUCGUGAGCACUGUGUGUGUGUUCAAGGAAAUUAUAUUAAAGACCUAAACAUUCUGGGACGGGAUCUUUCCAAGACGAUAAUAAUCGACAACUCACCCCAAGCCUUCGCCUAUCAGCUUUCCAAUGGAAUCCCUAUUGAGAGCUGGUUUGUGGAUAGAAAUGACAACGAGCUUCUAAAGCUUGUUCCUUUCCUUGAGAAGCUUGUUGAGCUGAAUGAAGAUGUCAGACCGCACAUCCGAGAACAGUUUCGUUUGCACAACCUCCUUCCUCCAGACUGACAACCUUGUGCUCGUCUCUCAGUUCAAGAUGGUAUCAACAUUUGGACAGACAAAAAUGAAUUCCCCGAAGAAUAUAUUAAAUGGAUUUCUCUUUGCAAACAUUGCCAUUAUUAUUUUUAAAAACCAUGCAAAAAAAAUUUGAAAGUCAUGUUUGAUUCAAAAAGCCCUGGAUGUUUUUCUAUAAACACUCACAGAACAAACAGAACUGCUCGCUGCGGUGGACUUUUUACUUUUUGCUUGUUUUUAGUGCAACUUUGAAGGCGGCCUCCUGGAAGGUAUUUUGUCUUUUUAAGAACCAUUUUGGAUUGACAAAACUGAAUGUCAUGCAGUGUUGGAUGAUAUGGACCCUGGUGGCUUCAGCCUGACCUUGAACGGCCAGUCAAACCUGUAUAAUAUUCACUCUAUUUACUUGUAAAUAUAUGUACAUAGUUUUUUUUCUUCAAGGUUUUUAAGUCAUUUUAUUUUCACUUCAGAUUUUAGUAUGUAUUCUUUGAUUCGGUUGCUUUUAUAAACCAACAAAAUGUUAGUGUGUUUUGUUUGAAGUUGUUGAUAAACAGCUGCUUUUCUGUUGUAUGCCUGCAUUAUUCCUGUGAUGCUUUACUCCAUUACAUGCAGUUAUCUGUAAUAAGGUGCAGUUUAAAAAAAAAAAGUAUCUUUGGGAGGAAAAAUGUUUCUGAAACAAUAUUUUAAAGCUAUGUAAUGUAAGCUAGACUUGGGUCUCAACUGAAUACAAAGCCAUAAUGGCUAAAAUAUUAAUUUUGGAGAUUUGUAUUUGACAGUCCAUUUUGAUCGUUCUCUUUAAUGAGGGGAAGGGUGAGUGGGUGGGGGGUACAGGCAUCUUGCACUUUGACAUCCAGCCCUUUGUAAGUUGAUGUUAAAUCUUGUCACUUUUCUAUACAGGUGUGUAUCACCUCAAUUUGUUAUGUGAGGAGGGGGGAAUGAAAUUGUAGCACCAGCAAAUUGCCAACAUGUUUGCUUUGAAAUCUUGUUUUUGAAGACGUCUUGUAUGUGGGAUCUUUAUGAUGUAGGAGUCACGAGUUUUAUUGACUAUUGAAUGAUCACUCCUGUUGUAUUCAGUGUUACUCAAUGGUUUCCUUGAAAAUAAAUACAUUUUUAUACGA